AUGCAAAGUUGGGGUCAAUGGCAAGUGCCACCGACUGGUCCAGCUGCUGGACCGAUGCCACAACCACCAGCGGCUCCAGGUUAUCCUUCUUCUGGCACUGAUCCUAUGGCAACAAUGCAAGCAUAUAUGCAAUAUUAUAAUCAACCAGCUCCUAGUGGAUAUACCACUGAACAAUGGGCCGCAGCUCAACAACAAAAUUGGGCCCAAUGGCAACAAUGGCAACAACAAUAUCAACAAUGGCAAGCACAAUAUGGUGCAAAGUAUCAAGAAUCUAUGAAACAGAUGUCAAGUAUCACUGGUAUUUCAACAUUGCAACCGCCUCCACUUCCUAAAGAAGAUUUUUCGACUAAACCACCUUUGCCACCUGAAAAUAUAAACCAAAACAUUGGUAUACCCCCGCCUACCCAUAAUAACUUUCCAUUUUCGUUUAAAACAAACGUAAAUCCUCCCUUGCCACCUGGGCAGCCACCACCACCCCCUGACAAUCCUCCGCCGUCUGAUAAUGAUUUAACCGGUAUUAAACGUAGUGCUAAUGAUCAUCUCAAUACUAGUAGUGCUAAAAAAUCCAAGAGUGAAGACGAUGAACUUACCGAUGCUGAAAAAACAUUUGACGCCCAAUUUAAACAAUGGGAAGAACAAUUUAAUAAGUGGAAACAACAGAAUGCUAAUCAUCCAGACAAGGCUCAGUACAAGCAGUACGAAGCAAAAUGGACAUCAUGGCGGGAAAAAUUAAUUGAGCGGCGCGAACAAAUGAGAAAGAAACGUGAGGCGCAAAAAGCUAAAGCUGAAGCUGAAAAGAAAAAAUCAUUACCUGGUGGUGAUAAAUUACUUAAUAUAUUAUCAAAUACUGAAAAUCAAGGAUUGAUCAAUAACUUAUUGGGUAUUGGAAAAACACUUGGGUUGUCUGGUAAAGAAGCACCAUCUGUUCCAAGUAGCCAACCAACAUCAACUGUGACGUCGGUAAAUUUACCAGUUCAGACAACAGCGCAGUCAGCAAUGCCGGGAAUUCCAGCUCCGAUGACAGCAGACGUAAGUCAACAAGCUUGGGCUGCUCAACAAUGGGCUCAAUAUAACAUGGCUGCCAUGGCUGUUCCUCCGUAUACAAGUUAUCCGCCUCCAGUAAUACCACCACCAACUCAACAGCUUGGUGCUCCGAAUCCACUCGGCUAUAAUCAAACAAUGGCUCCACCGACUAAUCCACUUGGCAAUUUUUCUCAACCACCGCCGGGAUUCCCGUCUAAUACAAAUACAUUUUCUCAACCACCAUCCGGAGGAUUAUCAGGAAAUCAGAAUGCGCCAUUUAAACCUGAUGACAACUCAAACGUGCCAUUUAGAAAUGAUCAAUCAUUCAACAAUCGUUUCGGUUCAAAUGAUUCAAAUAAUCGCCAAAACCAAGAUGGUAAUAACCAAUUUAGAUCCAAUGAUUCGUUUAAUCGUGAUAGUGGUUCGAAUCGAUUUAAUCAAGACGAUCGCAAUAAUUUUCCGGGUGAUCGCAAUAAUUCAAAUUUCAGACGCGAUGGGCCACAAAGUCGGGACUUUGGAUCCGAUAAUCGAUCGAAUGAUUAUCGUUCAGGAGACUCUUUUGGAUCUAAAGAUCGAUCAAACGAUAGAAACUUUGGUGACAAUAGAUUUUCGAGAGAUGAUGGAAGCUCGAGAGACCAAGACCGAUUUGGAGGAUCUAAUAGAGAUUCGUUUAACUCUGGUUUUGAUCGCCGGCCAGGACCAAAUAAUCGAGGAUCGAUGGAUUCGGAAGAUCGCUUUGGCAACAAUAAAUUCAAUGAUGAUCGAUUUGGUUCUGAUAGAUUUAAUUCUGGAUCAGAUAGAAGAGACAACUUUGGUAAUUCAAAUAAUCGUAAUCAAGGUAGAAAUAAUAACAAUAAUAAUAAUAAUAACAAUAACAAUAAUAGUCGUUUUGAUUCGCCUGAAGACAUGCCACCAGAACUUAAAAAAUUAAUGGAAAAACGACGAGCUGCAAUGGAUGUAUUCAAACCAUCAGGUUCAUUUUUGGCACCUGAUAAAUCCGAUACUAAUUUCGGUUCUUUAAGUGAUAGUUUCAAAAAAAUUACUGGUGAUUCACCAUUUUUAUCUCGAAAUCGUUCUAAUGACUUUGGCCGAGGUUCUUUCUCUGAUAACAGAGGACCAUUUUCUGAUAAUUCCAGAGGUCCAGGAUCUUUUGCUCCUAACAAUGAUUCAGAUAGAGAUAGAGAUAGAGAUAGAUUUCGUGAUGAUUUUCGCUCUCGAGAAUCUGAUUUUCGUCACCGUGGAUCUGAUGACUUCAAUGAUCGUUCUAAUAAUACAGGACCACGUGGGUCGAACGAUUUUGGUUCUCGUGGCAGAGAUUUCGGACCGAGAGGAUCUGACUCUGAUUUUGGCAGGGAUCGUGGGUUUGGAAAUUUCAUGAGUCGAUCAAAAUCACCUCCUAAAGAAGAUUUAACACAAACUGAUUUCCAUAAACCACCCCCUUUGAUGGAAGGACGUCAAUCAAUGCCGGAUAAUCGUCAAUCAAUGCUGGAUAAUCGUCAAUCAAUGUCAGACAAUCGUCAACCAAUGCUGGAUAAUCGGCAAUCAAUGCCGGACAAUCGGCAAUCAAUGCUGGAUAAUCGGCAAUCGAUGCCGGACAAUCGGCAAUCAAUGACGGACAACCGUCGACCGAUGACAGAAGGACAUCAACCAGGAAUAGAAGAACGACCAUCUUUGAUAGAAGGACGCCCACCUGUGUCUGAAGAACAUUCAUUGAUGAAGGAAGGAUAUUCAUCGCUAAUGGAUAUACAGCCUGCAAUGAAAAGUAACCAGUUACCUGAAGAAGAAAAACAGUUGCCUGAUGUUAAUGAAAAUGAAAACACAAGUAAGUCGGUUACAGAGUCUAUACCAAGCCUCCCGGCUAUGGACGUGCCGCCGUGGAUGGAUCCUCAGAUCAUGCAAAAUCGUCCCCUUGACAAAGAACAUACUGCAGAUGAAACUUCUUUCCCGAUUGCUGAAAGAAUAACAGAGACAAAUAAUUCUGCUGCAAAUGAUGAAACUUUUAAGAGUCAGACUACAAAGCUUACGGAACCUGAAAAAAAAUUAGAUGUUUUGCCAUUUAUGGGUGAAAAUGAUCCAAAACCUGAGGACCUCAAUAUGGAGCCGCCACCUGAGUUACCGAACUUAGGUCCAGUCAAUAGAACUUAUGAAACAAAAGAACAAGGAAGAGACUUCGAUUCUAGUUCCAAUGAUCGGCCUUUUGAUAAAAGAGAUACUGGAUCUGACUCUUUCGACAAUAAAGAGCAAAAAUCUUUUGAGGCUAAAGAUUCUGAUCUAAGAGAAUCUAGAGAAACUACUAAUUUUGACUCUAAGAGAUCUGAUUCAUUCGGGCCUAGAGGAUCUAAUUCGUUUGACUUUAGACGGCCUGAUCCAUUUGGACUCAAAGGGCCCGCUCCGUUUGGACCCAAAGAACCUGAUACAUUUGGACCUAGAGGAUCUGAUGCAUUUGGACCUAGGGGAUCUGAUUCAUUUGGGCCUAGAGGGUCUGAUGCAUUUGGACCGAGAGGAUCUGAUUCAUUUGGGCCUAGGGGAUCUGAUUCAUUUGGACCUAAAGGAUCUGAUUCAUUUGGACCGAGAGGAUCUGAUCCAUUUGGACCUAAAGGAUCUGAUUCAUUUGGACCUAGAGGAUCUGAUUCAUUUGGCCUUAGAGGAUCUGAUCCAUUUGGACCUAGAGAAUCUGACUCUUUUGGACCUAGAGGACCCGAUUCUUUCGGACCUAGAGGACCUGAUCCAUUUGGUCCUAAAAGGCCUGAUUCGUUUGGACCCAGAGGAUCUGAUUCAUUCGGACCUAGAGGUCCCGCGCCAUUUGGACAAAGAGGACCUGAUUCAUUUGAACCCAGAGGAUUUGAUUCGUUUGAACCUAGAAGGUCUGAUUCGUUUGGACCGAGGGGUUCUGACUCGUUUGGACCCGGAGGACCUGGUAUGUUCGGACCCAGAGGACCCGGUCCAUUUGGACCAAGAGGACCUGAUUCAUUCGGGCCAAGAGGGCCUGACUCUUUUGCUUCUAGAGGGCCUGAACCAUUCGGACCAAGAGGUAAUGAUUCUUUUGGACCCAGAGGUCUAGAUUCAUUUGGGCCUCGAGGACCCGCACCAUUUGGACCUAGAGAGCCUGAUCCGUUCGAAUCUAGAGGAUCUGACUCUUCUAAUUUCCGAGGUUCUGAUUCGUUUGGACCUAAAGGGCCUGAUCCAUUUGGGCCUAGAGAUCAAUGUGACAAUAAAUUUGCACCAUUUGGUCCUCAGUCUAUGAAUAAUCAGAGAGGCAAUUCAUUACUUACAGGCCCUGGCGGGCUCAACGAGGAUGUUUUUAAUGUAAGGAAUCUUAACGAACCAUUCUUAAAUAAUCGAGGACCCGACGAUUUCGGUUUUCGUCCACAAAAUGCUGGACCGCCGUUUAACGUACGUGAAUUUACUGAUCUGCCAUUUGGAUCACAUUGUGUUGAUAAACCUACUCCACUUCGUGGACUCAAUGAAAAAGCCUUCGGUCCUAUUCCAAGUGUUGUUGAGCAACCAAAAAUUCCAUCACUUUUAUCCGUUAAAUUUGACCCGCCAAUAGGAUUACUGAAUGAACCUCGCAAUGAAAUAUUAAAAGACAAUCCUUUAGAUUCAUCAAAUCGACCUUUUGGUCUGAACUCUCUACCCGGAUCAGGACCACCAUUAGGUCCAGAGAGAGAUCAUCCAAUGCGAUCAAAUUUCCCUAUGAAUGAUUUUCCUCCUCGUGAUAAUCCUGUAUCAUUAUUAGGACCAGCUCCUGGAUCUGGACCUGGACCUUUCUCAUCUUCAUUCGGACCAAUGCAUGGCCCCAAUGACAUGCAAUCUGGCUUCAAUAAGCCUUCAUUGCAAAUGGAUAAUUCGUUUUCACGACGCAUGGGAAAUCAACCUGGACAUAGACGCGAUGGGCCAAUGCAUCCAUCAUUCUGUAUUGAAAAGCAAUUUAAUUAUAAUCAUGGUGAUGGAGCACCUAAUGAAGUAUUUAAUGAUUACAAACCAUCAAAGGUAACAGAUUAUGGUCAUAUCCGUCGUCCAACUGGUCAAGAUUAUAUUACACCAGUGCAGUGCUUUGAUUAUGGUCACGGUAGAUUGAAACCAAUUGUUCCUGAUCAUGAAAUUUAUCCAAGAAUGGACUUUAAACACUGGGUUGAUAAUGAACAUAACCUUAAGGAAUAUAAUGAUGGAUUCUUAGCUUACAAAGAACGCCAGAAUAGAUCAAGAAAAGCUGACAAAAAUCUUCGAACAGAAUCAACUCCUGUUUGGAGACAUGAAGAACGCAAGCGAUUUAGCGAUCAUUAUUCGUCACGAGAUAGAGAAGAUCGAAGGGACAAUCGUGGAAAAGAUAGCCGUGAAGACAAACGAGGAGACAACCGGGACGAUAGAAGAGGAGAAAGUCGCGAAGAUAGACGAGACAGUCGCGACGACAGACGAGAAGACAGGCGACUCAGUAGUUGGGAAGAUAGACGAGACAGUCGUAGGGACAGAAGUGGAGACCGAGGAAAACGGGACUCAGGACAUCACAAGGAUUAUUCUGGACAUUCGAAAGAUUCUAAAGACCAUAAGGAUACUAAAGAUUCGAAGGAUCAUAAAGAUCACCGGGAUAAAAAAGAUCGUCAGCCAUCUUGGGAAAUUGAAAUCGAAAAACUUAGCGAAGAAACUGCACGAAAAAAUUCUGGCGAAGACAGGACACGUGAUAAGUCGAAUCGAACUCAAAAGGAUACUAACACUGAAAUAAAAAAAGAUGAAGAAAGAUCUAAAGGAAAUGUAAGCCGACAGGAGAACUCUACGAACAAUUUCGCCGACUCAACUAAUCAGGAAUCCAGUCAAGAUGCUUCGAAAUUUGAAUCAAAGUCACCGCCGAGGACAAUGGAAUUGGCGAAGACAUCAAAUCUCACGAUGGUGGAUGACUUACUGUUUCCACCAGGUCGUCAGAACAGACCACCAAAAAUAGCAAUCAUCCUAAGAGGACCACCUGGAAGUGGAAAAUCUUUUGUUGCUAAACUCAUUAAGGAUAAAGAACUAGAACAAGGAGGUUCAGCGCCUCGCAUUCUCAGUUUAGACGAUUACUUUUUAACUGAAAAAGAAGUAGAAAGUACUGAUGAUAAUGGAAAAAAAGUUGUUAAUAAGGAAAUGGUAUACGAGUAUGAGGAUGGAAUGGAGCCUAGUUAUUUAACAUCACUAGUCAAAGCUUUCAAAAAAAAUAUUGUCGAUGGAUUUUUCAAUUUCAUAAUUCUCGAUUCUAUCAAUGAAAAAAUUUCAGACUAUGAGGAAAUGUGGAGUUUUGCUAAAUCGAAAGGCUUUAGGGCAUACGUUUGUGAAAUGGAUAUGGACGUUCAAAUUUGUUUGAAACGGAAUAUUCAUAAUCGAACUGAAGAUGAAAUCAACAGAAUUAUCGAUUAUUUCGAGCCGACACCAAAUUAUCAUCAAAUACUAGAUGUCUCAUCAUUGCUACAAGAUGAAGCCAUCGAGCAGGUACAAAUGGAAGAAGUUUCACCAAUUUCCGAUAAUAAAAAAAGUACUGAUACUAAUGAAGACAGCCAGGAUAGUCAAGAAGGACAAGAUAAUUCACUGGGCGUGAGCAAGUGGGAAAAAAUGGAAGCCGAAGAUAAAUUAGAUCGUUUGGAUGGUUUGGCAAAAAGAAAAAAUGACGGUAAACCUCAGACAAUGGAAGACUUUUUACAAGUUCCUGAUUGUUAUGACAGGGAAGAUUCUACAGGAAAAAAACGCGUCCGUUGGGCUGAUUUAGAGGAACGUAAACAGCAAGAAAAAAUGCGCGCAGUUGGUUUUGUUGUUGGACAAACAAAUUGGAAUCGUAUGAUGGAUCCUACAAUGGGCAGCAGCGCUCUCACAAGGACCAAGUUUUACAACUCGAAGGUUCAAGACCUACAUAAUUGAACGGAUAAUUAUCGCGAUAAUUUAAAAAUAAUAAGUAGUAGUUUUUUUUAAACAAUUAAACUUAAGAGAAGUUAGUUAAUUAUAAAUUUAAAUUGAGUCGUUUUAAAUAAAAUUAAAUUUGUAAUAUGAAUUAUAUUAAUUAUAAUUACUAAUAUUUAUUCAGUAUCAAUUGUGAAAAUGGAGAUUGCUUUUUAUAGUAUAAAAUUCAUUCACUUUAAUCAUGCGAUUAAUUAAAAAAAUAAUGUUAACAUCAAUCAUUCCAUAAAUCGAAAACAAAAA